AGAAGGCCGCGCGAGCCCGGGAAGGACGCGGCGGCGGUGGCAGCAGGAAAGGCGCGAGCGGAGGUGGCGGCGGGUAUCCCCUGGGUGGUCGGCCCGGUAGCAGCCGGGCCCCGGACGCAGGACGUGGCCCCAGGUAGCCCUUGCAGCUCAGUGCUGUAGCCAGGGCAAGUCCGCGCCUCCGCCUGCUGGACUGGCCGGGGCGAGAUGUAGGGCGCUGGGCGCGGAGGCCGCCGGUGCGGCGGGGGAUCGCGGAGGGCGCGCCGAGGAUGGAGAGAGCGAUGGAGCAACUCAACCGCCUUACGCGCUCUCUGCGCCGCGCGCGCACCGUGGAGUUGCCGGAGGAUAAUGAAACUGCUGUUUAUACAUUAAUGCCAAUGGUUAUGGCUGAUCAACACAGGUCUGUUUCUGAACUACUAUCAAAUUCAAAAUUUGAUGUCAAUUAUGCAUUCGGACGUGUGAAAAGAAGCUUGCUUCACAUUGCAGCAAAUUGUGGAUCGGUGGAAUGUUUGGUUUUGCUGUUAAAGAAGGGAGCAAAUCCUAACUAUCAAGAUAUUUCAGGCUGUACACCCCUUCAUCUGGCAGCAAGAAAUGGGCAGAAGAAAUGUAUGAGUAAAUUAUUAGAAUAUAGUGCUGAUGUCAACAUUUGUAAUAAUGAAGGCCUUACAGCAAUACACUGGCUGGCUGUGAAUGGGCGGACAGAACUACUCCAUGACCUUGUGCAGCAUGUCAGUGAUGUUGAUGUUGAGGAUGCCAUGGGGCAGACAGCACUGCAUGUUGCCUGCCAGAACGGUCACAAGACGACAGUGCAAUGCUUGCUAGACAGUGGUGCUGAUAUUAACAGGCCAAAUGUAUCAGGAGCAACUCCAUUGUACUUUGCUUGCAGUCAUGGUCAGAGAGAUACAGCACAGAUUCUACUACUACGAGGAGCCAAAUAUCUGCCAGAUAAAAAUGGAGUAACUCCUCUGGAUUUAUGUGUACAGGGUGGAUAUGGAGAGACUUGUGAAGUAUUAAUUCAAUAUCACCCAAGGCUUUUUCAGACUAUUAUUCAAAUGACACAGAAUGAAGACCUCCGAGAAAACAUGUUACGGCAAGUUCUGGAGCAUUUGUCUCAGCAAAGUGAAAGUCAGUACCUAAAGAUUCUAACAAGCCUUGCUGAAGUUGCUACAACAAAUGGUCAUAAACUGCUUAGCCUAUCUAGCAAUUAUGAUGCUCAAAUGAAGAGCCUUUUAAGGAUUGUGAGAAUGUUUUGUCACGUCUUUCGAAUUGGUCCAUCCUCCCCCAGUAAUGGAAUUGAUAUGGGCUACAAUGGGAAUAAAACUCCAAGAAGCCAGGUGUUCAAGCCUCUGGAAUUGCUUUGGCACUCAUUAGAUGAAUGGCUAGUUUUAAUAGCCACAGAAUUGAUGAAAAACAAAAGAGACUCAACAGAGAUCACUUCUAUUUUACUGAAACAAAAAGGCCAGGAUCAAGAUGCUGCUUCCAUUCCUCCAUUUGAACCUCCAGGACCUGGGAGCUAUGAAAAUCUGUCCAGUGGCACAAGGGAAUCUAAACCAGAUGCUCUUGCAGGGAGACAGGAAGCCAGUGCAGAUUGUCAGGAUGUUAUUUCUAUGACAGCCAACCGGCUAAGUGCUGUCAUUCAAGCUUUUUACAUGUGCUGUUCUUGUCAGAUGCCUCCAGGAAUGACUUCACCUCGUUUCAUUGAAUUUGUCUGCAAACAUGAUGAAGUUUUAAAAUGCUUUGUUAAUAGAAAUCCCAAAAUUAUAUUUGACCACUUUCACUUUCUCCUUGAAUGUCCUGAGUUGAUGUCAAGAUUCAUGCAUAUCAUAAAAGCACAGCCUUUUAAAGAUCGCUGUGAAUGGUUCUAUGAACAUCUGCAUUCAGGACAGCCAGAUUCAGACAUGGUGCACAGGCCAGUGAAUGAAAAUGAUAUCCUACUGGUUCACAGAGAUUCUAUUUUUAGGAGUAGCUGUGAAGUUGUGUCAAAAGCAAAUUGUGCAAAGCUAAAGCAAGGGAUUGCUGUACGGUUCCAUGGAGAAGAAGGCAUGGGUCAAGGUGUUGUGCGUGAAUGGUUUGAUAUUCUGUCCAAUGAGAUAGUCAAUCCUGAUUAUGCAUUGUUUACCCAGUCAGCUGAUGGAACAACUUUUCAGCCUAAUAGCAACUCUUACGUAAAUCCUGAUCACUUGAACUAUUUUCGGUUUGCUGGGCAGAUCUUGGGAUUAGCAUUGAACCAUAGGCAGCUGGUCAAUAUUUACUUCACACGAUCCUUCUACAAGCACAUUCUUGGUAUUCCUGUAAAUUACCAAGAUGUGGCAUCCAUUGAUCCAGAAUAUGCCAAAAAUUUGCAAUGGAUUUUAGAUAAUGAUAUAAGUGAUCUGGGUCUAGAACUAACUUUUUCUGUUGAGACUGAUGUGUUUGGAGCAAUGGAAGAGGUGCCUUUGAAACCUGGGGGUGGGAGUAUUCUUGUGACACAAAAUAACAAAGCGGAGUACGUCCAGCUUGUUACUGAACUUCGAAUGACAAGAGCCAUUCAGCCUCAGAUCAAUGCCUUUUUACAGGGCUUUCAUAUGUUCAUUCCACCCUCCCUCAUACAGCUUUUUGAUGAAUAUGAAUUGAAAAUCCAACCUCAUACAGAUAAGUUGGAAAAGGGAGAACCUCAUGGACCCACAGAAAAAUCUCGGAAACCCUCAAGAGUUCUCAGAUGUUGCCUUAUAUCAAUCUUAUUUAAGGAGCUACUGCUUUCUGGCAUGCCAGAAAUUGAUGUGAGUGAUUGGAUAAAAAAUACAGAAUACACAAGUGGCUAUGAAAGAGAAGAUCCAGUUAUUCAGUGGUUCUGGGAAGUUGUGGAAGACAUUACUCAAGAGGAGAGAGUUCUUCUCUUGCAGUUUGUUACUGGCAGAUACAAACUCUUAGUUCCAGGGUCCCACAUGGUGGGUUUGCUAAUAUCAUGGGUGGAAGUGGAUUGCAAAACUUUACAAUCGCUGCUGUGCCAUAUACUCCAAAUCUUUUGCCAACUUCAAGCACAUGCAUCAACAUGCUCAAGUUACCUGAAUACCCAAGUAAAGAAAUACUCAAGGACAGACUUCUUGUGGCACUACAUUGUGGCAGCUAUGGUUACACAAUGGCAUAAUGAAGUCUGGAAAACUCAUCUGACUGCUGAUGCACAAUUCAGAAUGGCAGAAGUAAUUUGGGAAAAUGUCAACAAAAAAGCAGCCUAAAUGCAACCCAUAGGCAGGGCUGAUGCUUCAAAUUUAUAAAAGAUCAUCAGGUUUUCUGUUUCUGUCUUUUCCCUUUUAUGUUUUCUCUGUUUGUGAUACAAUUAGAAAAUAUAAAAUCACAAUAGAUUUUAUUUUUUAAAAUGCUAAUUGAAAGUAGUAGAAACUGUCCUUUUUCAUAAUUAAUUUUAUCCAAGAUUGUAUUAAGGCAAAAUCUGAUUCUACAUUCCACCUCUGCUGUGUAACUGUCUUGUUAAAAGGAGGUUUUCUCCUAAUUUCUGAUGUAUUAUAUGAGGUCAUCCAGCUGGUAUGUUCUUUUGCAUGUAAAGUGCCAUUUAUAUUUUAGAAAACUAUUGUAUAGAAUGGAUUAAUUUAGAUUGUCUAUAAAGUCACAAAUAUGUAUUUUCCCACAGUGUAUUCUAUAUUGCAAUGAUUUUUUUAGCAUUUUAAUAUUUUAAUACACAUUGUAAAAUUUAGACUGAUACUAACAGUUGAAAUGACAUCUGAUUUAUAUAUUAAAGCUUACACUAUAUUGUAUGAAUUAUUUACAUCUUUCAGUGGCCAGUUUUCCAUAUGUACAUAUUAUGUCUCAAUGUUUUUCUUAUGCCUCAUUUUAAUUUAUAAUGAAGGUAAAAUUAAAAUGUAUUUUACUACAUUUAUUUUCAUUACUUUUAUCUGUGAGCUUUGACACAUCUGAAAAAGUAAUCUGAUGUGCAAAUUAUAAUUUAAAUAUGUUAAUUUUUUUACUUCUUAAAUUUGCUUUUCGUCAUUAGAUUGUCAAGUUCACGCGAUAUGUGCCUAAUAUCACUUGGGUGUUGGGUUUUUGAAUUUUUGGGUAAUCAGUUUUAUUUUGAAAAGACAGACUUGAAUAGUUACAGCAUAUGUUUGAACAGGAAGUAGGAACAUGCAUACACGAAGAAAUGCUAACGGAAGGGUUUGUAAUGCUUAGGAUCUUCCCUUGGAAACUAAAAAUAGUAUAUUAAUGACAUUACUGUUUGUAGAAUGACAUAUGCAAAUUUUCUCAUAAGCAGUCAUUAUGUUGUCAGUAAUGUUUGAGAGACAUGUAAGUUGAAAGUUUUGCUAAAUUAUAAAGCUCCUUUAAUACAUUGGUUUUGGUUCUCUUGUCUUUUCUAAAUGUUAACAAAAUAUAUCUUAACGGAUUACAUGAAAUUUAGGAAUUAUUUAAAAUUUACCAUUAGCUCUAAAAUUAAGAUGCAGAUGCUUUAUUUAUAGUAACUGAAGCUAAUAAUGUUUUAUGUUUUGAUUUUUUGAAAUUUAAUUGUAGAAGUCACUGCCUUCUGAGUUUUCAAAUAGAUAACCACCUUUAAUAUUAUAUUGCUUAUAAUACUAAUGUUUACAGAUAUGUUUCUGUUUAUAACCAUACAAUACAUUGACUCUGUCAUAUUAGUUUUUUUGCAAGUAGUUAUGUAAAAGAGAUAGAUAAUAAAAUAUUAAAUAACUGAG